GGCAGAUUGUGUUUUUUUUUUUUUUUUUUAAAAAAAAAAAGGUCUGGCCGAGAGCCAGGAAGUGUGGAAUCCUGGCCGGGUGGUGGCAAAUUUCGCCAGAUCGCGGCCAGAGGCAGCGCGUCCUUCAGCCCGCGGCGGGGCGACGGCGGGAGCGGAGCUGUGCGAGGAGCGGAGCAGCGGCGUUCUCUGCCGACCUCCCCGCAGAGCGGCAGCGUGUGUUUAUGGACUGUCUGAUAUCUGCUCAGCGUCUGAUAAGACUUCCAAGAUUCUCAUUCAAAGCUCAUCUGGAAUGCAGGCUGAGUCCUCGGGUUUGAAGUCUUGUUGAUGCCAGUGGAAUUGAUACCAGGGCCUUCAAGAGAAAAGACUUUCUGAUAAACCCACUCCAUUCAAGCCUAUGACUGGGGGUUUCACCAUAUCACCAUCCUUUGCUCUCCAGUUGCACAAGAUGGGUUCAUUCAGAAGGCCCCGACCUCGCUUCAUGAGCUCUCCAGUGCUCAGUGACCUGCCACGUUUCCAGGCAGCUCGGCAGGCUCUGCAGCUCAGCUCCAACUCAGCGUGGAACAGUGUUCAAACAGCAGUGAUAAAUGUGUUUAAAGGGGGAGGCUUGCAGAACAAUGAACUCUAUACCCUCAAUGAAGCUAUCAGACGGCUGCUGAAGAGUGAACUGGGAUCCUUCAUCACUGAUUACUUUCAGAACCAGCUCCUUGCGAAAGGCUUGCUGUUCAUAGAGGAGAAGGUUAAGCUGUGUGAAGGUGAGGAUCGCAUUGACAUCCUGUCUGAAAUUUGGGAUCAUUACUUCACUGAGACUCUUCCUACACUCCAGGCAAUAUUCUAUCCAGUACAGGGUCAGGAGUUGACCAUCCGUCAGAUUGCUCUUCUUGGUUUCAGAGACUUGGUCUUGCUAAAAGUGAAGUUGGAAGAAAUUCUUCCUCUGGUCCGGACAAAGCUUCCAGCUUCCAUUGUCCAGAUGCUAUUAAUUCUACAGAGUGUCCAUGAACCUGAUGGCCCCAGUGAGAGCUACCUACAGCUGGAAGAAUUGGUCAAGCAGGUGGUGUCACCAUACUUAGGUUUGUGUGAGGACCACAGCUUCUCUGGUAGCACCUGCUUGCUUGAGAGACGGUACUCCAGAUCCCGUUCCAAAGCUGGUGGACUGAGUUACUCCUCCCACCUGGUUGGCAGUCGGCAGCCCAGUGAGAUGGCCCUGACACCUCUGACGGAGCAGGAGGGUGAGGCUUAUCUGGAGAAGUGUGGUAGCAUCCGUCGCCACACUGUUGCCAACGCUCACUCAGAUAUUCAGCUCCUGGCGAUGGCCUCCAUGAUGCACACAGGCAUGGUGAUUGAGGAGUCUGACAGCAAUGACAAAUGUCUCCUCCUGCAGCCCAGUUUCAGCCACAGGCAGUGCUCCAGUGAGCCCAGUAUUGCCGAUGGGCCUGAAGGAGGCAUGGCAACAGGCAGGCAGGACUCAGCAGAGCUGAACUGCACAUCAGUCAGCUAGAAGAAGUCUCUCCGAGGAGAGGAGGAGCGUAUGUGCUAAGCUGGACAAAUGCUCCUGUCACCCCCGCUGGAAAAAAAGGAAAAUUGGGGUUUUGCUCCUGGUAGUGAAAUGGUCUUGGAUGAUUUAAUGUCUCUUUGGGAGUGCUCUCCAGACUUGUUUUCCUUGCUUGUUUGUGAUUGUUGUUGAUAGAGGUACCAGCCGGCUCCCGAUUGAGGGUGGUGGGCUGCAAAGUUGAACGUUGCUGUGUACCUUCUGUAAGCUCUUUUACUGUACUAACCUAAAUCUUCUGGCCUCAGGUUUCCUUCUGUUUCUUUGGUAUGAUGCAGAUGAGCCUCUUUCUGCUUUUGUCUUUCCUGGUUUUGUGCUACUUGUUUGCAUCACAGGAUCCUGUGCUUAAUGUUCUUUCUUCUGUAGUUGAAGUGGUGACUAAAGACUACCUUUUUCUCUUUUGAAGUUGAACUCAGGGAUAAAACUACUUGGAUCUUGCAGAAAGAUCUGUUCAGAUUGCUUGAGAGAAGGAGAUCCUUCACUUGCUUCCCACAAGUGUGGGGGGAAGAGAAUCUUGAAGAAACCAGCUUUUUUUAGCCCACACAUGAACAGAACUGGAUACGUAUGGAGUGCCAGCUGAACCCUUCCAAUGUGCCUUAUGUAGUUCCAGUAAUGUCUUUGGUGUUGAUGUUAUAAAUCGAGCACCAAGGAGAAAGGUAUAAAGUGAGAGCGAAUACAGUCCUGAGCAUCCCAGUAUUUGGCAUCAAAUUGCUAUUUAAGUUCUGGGGUGGUGCAGCUGCAAUGAAAGGAGAAAUCUAAACGAGUCCCUUCUGAAAGGGAAUGCCCAUGCAUUUCUAUCGGGAGAAAGCUAAAGGUGCUUCUCCAGGAUGACUGUCAUGAGUGCAGAGCAGGAGAUGACUUACAGGGCUGCUUCCUUGAGCUGCUGUGGUACUCCCUGCACUUGCAGGAUUCGUGAGAGCAGAGAUAAGCAGCUGGGUGCAGAACGGAGCGCUGUCCUUGUAGCACAUUUGUGAAGUGCUUCUGACCUCCAGUGGUAUCUCGCUCAGUGAGCAUUUCUUUAAGAUGAAGCGAGGGCUACGUGUAGUCUUUGUUCCUAUUUUUGUUUUGAAGAUUAGGAUUGGGUCCAGGUUGUCAGUGUGUCAGAGUUGCAGUGCCCACUGCAUGGCACCGUUUGGUUCUCAACUGCUGCUUCUGUGGGAGCAGAACCGAUUUGUUGGAGCAGUACUCUGGUGCCUCGCUAAGCAGAUUUGCAAGUGUAAUUACAAGCUUAGAGGUAAACUGAAAUGCUGCCUUAAAUGUCAAAUCCCAUUAAAAACGUGGAUAUAAUACCACAGCCUCUAGAAUCCAGUCCCUGUGGUACUGACUGCAAAUAAAUCUAUCCUGACAAGGGAACAGGAAGUUAGGAUGAGUCUUCAGGAGAUGUUUUUACAUAUUGUGACGUUAAUUGCAGAAUUUGCCCCGCUGCCAUUGGGCAUUAAGCACCUUUUAUUGCAUGGGCUGUACUGAAAGAGCAGCUUGGACCUGCUGGGAUUUGACUUUGGUAGCAUGUGCUGCAAAAAGCAGUUGGAUGGUUAUUGUACCACAAAGCACCAGAAAACCCAGCAAUGAGCACAAGUCUUGCUGUCUGUGUACAUGAGAAUAUUUCUUUGUCUCCUGUGGUUUGCAAAUCUCCAGAUAGUUGGAAGGGGCUGUGUUUUCUUGUAGUUGGUCACCUGCGACACCCUCGCUGCUGGCCUUUGUAGAAAUGCAGUGUUUUUGUCCCUGCUGUAAUUAUGUGAGAGAGAUUGGGUUGUGCUGUUGGCUUCCUAGGAAGGAUGUGUCUGGGGAGGCAGGAAGAGGGGGAUUUAAGCAGUCCUUCCUUUAAAUGGAUUCUAGGGGAAGUUGCCUUCUUAUUCCUAAAUUGGACUGAUUGUGCCACCUGAUGCUGUCACACACACUGACUUGCAGCCUUCUCUUGGCCACAGUGUACACGUGGGAAGUGCUGAUCCUGCAGCAUUUCAGCUCACUCCUGUAAGUGCUUCUCAUCUUUUUUACUUCUCAUUUCCCUUUUGUAAAUGCCCAAAGUUAGCAGCGCCGCCUUCUGUGAUGAAAAUGAGUAUGAUUUAUUUCCUGACAUACUCUUGAAUCAUCUCUAGGGCUAAUAGGAACCCAGUCCUGGUUUUAACUUGAAUGUCUUUUGUUUUACAUCUAUUUAUAAUUUUGAAUCAUGUUGAUUUUGUACCUGUUACGUUGUGGAAAUUUGCACCGAGCCACUCUGAAUUGAGCACUUCCCCUGGUUGUUUGGAUGUUUUGUUUAUGGAGAAUUAAAGCUGGUGGCUUUACUUUUUAAACUGAACUAAACUUUUUCUCCAACUGACACAGAGGAUCUGGUUGGAACUAGGUUUUCACGGGCAUUUGAUGGAUCUUGAACCUUUCUUUUGUCAGUGUUGGUACUGCUGCCUUCUUUCCCUCGAGGAAGAGAAUGCUGCAGAACUCGGGAUGGCUGUGGGCAGUGAGCUGCCCCUUCUGUUGGGGUGCUUCUGAGUGAGGUGGGUUCAGACCCUUCUCUACAGCCUCCUGACUCCUCCAGGAGUUGGGAUCUUAAGGAUCUCCACUACCCUGAACUCAUACUGCAGUACAGAGCAGCUGCCGAUUGCAGCAGUGCUUGAGGAGCUGCUGUUUGAAGCCUCUGUCAUUGGGCUUCAGAGCCAACUCCCUCUUAUGCCGAGAGCCAGUUAAUAAUUCUUGUGGAAUUAUUAUUAUGGACUGCAUAGUAACAGCCCCAGUUACCCUGGAAGAAAGACUGGAGUCACAGAAUCAUUAUUUCUGGGCUAAAAGUUUAUGAACACAUCUGCGCUGGCUCAUAUUCAAGAGUUUGCAGUUGCUAUUGUCACUGGAAAGAGCCCCCACACUUUUUAACCUCAAAACCUCAGUUCUGUGGGAUUGCUCGGGCUCCUGGAACAGUGGACAGUGCUGUACCAGGACAAACUGGAAGGUAAUGGAAUUAAUGUAUAUUAAAUGUCAGUGAGAAACCACAAGAUCCUCUUCAGUGUAUGACACUUAGGAUGAUUUAUUACCAUUAUUGCUAAGCAAGCCCUCUUUUCUCCUGUGGGUUUUUAAUCCACUUCAUACUAAGCAGCUAUCGACUAACAGAUAUUGAUGGUCCUUGGUGCAGAAAUAGGAAGUCCUUCCUUCUCUCCUAUGUAUCUCUAAGAGGCAGCUUCACUAUUACGAGAAGGGCUGUCUGCUGCCUUUCUUCAGGCUCGGGAAGUGAAUGAUCAUUGAUUUGCUGCGUGGUUGCAAAAGAAACAAAGGGAAGGGGGAAGCUGUUCUGAAGGAGGGAAACGAUGGCACCUGUACUGGAAAGCUCCUGCAAAAGCAGGACAUUUGAGUCUAAUACUCUGCUCCCGGGCACCAGUGAGCUGAAUGAAGAUGGUCCUGGGAACUCAGAUAAGCAUUGGAGACUUUGUGUAAUUCUCCUUUACAAGCUUGUGUGGGGGCUGCAGAGAGGAGAGGAUUUAUUGUGAUUUUUCUUCCCCACCCACAGUCUCUUCCCAGAAGGCUGGGGAGAACAACUAUCAUGUACUGAGCAUCACUGCUUGUGAUAGAACAUAGUUGGUGGAGAACCUCUAAGCAAUACAGCCUGGAUCUGGCUGUCAGCCUGUUCUGUGGCCCUUAGAUGCAAGGCAUCUUUCUCCAUAGGUUACUUCAGGGAGAAAGAGAGGGCUAGAACCCUGUAUUUUUUUCCUCCAUUCCUUUAGUAGCUGCUAUAGAAAGCAUCAGCCUUGUUUCGUGAGUCCCAGUGGUACUUUAAGUACAGAUUCACUUUUGAGUUUUAACUAGAGGAUCCAUAAGGGAUGUACACAUUAGUCUACACAGAGACUUUCCACAAGACGCAGCCAAAGCCUCAGCCUGAGGAGCACUUUCUAGGUGAUUUGCUGAGGUAAGUGGAGUUUGUUACACCUGGUGAAAUACAGAAACCAGGAGAACUUGUAUGUGCCACUUCUCCUUGACAGUAGCCUGGUUCCUUGGUGUGCUGCCAGAAGGCCUGACUCAUACCUAGCUGGAAACACUGCUUUCUUAAAAACAGCAACAGAAACCAAGGUAAAGCUUAGAGAGAAACAAUGUAAUGCAUAAUGGUGACCCAAUGCAGAAAUGGAAAUAAAACCACUAAGCUGUAGCGUACUAUCCUAGGGUUUGACAAGUGGCUUUCACUGUUCAUGUUUAAGAACAGAACUGUAGGGAGCUUUCAGUAUUAUGGAGCUGGUGCCAGCAGUUGCAGAGAGGACGUGUGCUUCUGAAGGCAGGAAGGAAAACCAAGGGGUUACCAGAGCGGACCCGCAACAGACCUGCUGGGACUCUGCAACCUACACCCGUCUCUGCAGAGUGGGAUGAGGUAAGAAUUGUCUUGCUUUUUAUUUUUGAACAUAUAAAUUAACUUGUAUGGAAAUGAUUUUGUCUGAGAGGGGUAAGAAGUAGAAGAUGAAUGUUUCGAGGCAGUUUAUCACAAGGCAAUUAGCAAAGGAACGCUUCUACUUUAAGAAUGCAGGUGCUUCUUCCAAAAUUAUUACUGCCCCACUGCUAAAAUGCUGCUCCAUUUAAACAGGCAGUUCUUAAGGCUCUUCAGGAAGCUGAGCAGAGCAGAGCUGUCCUGUAGACCAUGCUGCAGUGCAGUAUGAAUGGCUCUGGAAUGGGCUAUGUGCCAGCCUGAGUAUUUAGCCAUGGUUGCAUUAGUGAGCAGCUUGCACUGAGUUGCAGUGAAGGUCUGGUUGUGACAAAAGAGCAGGAAAGCAGCAGCUCCAGCUGUGAGAGGAAAUCACUGAGCACAGGAACUGUUGUGGGCUGUGUCAGUCCAGAUGAGUCAGAGCAGGAAAAGGUGGCUCAUCAGUCCCAGCCUGGACAAAAGCUAAUAGGAAAAUGAUUUCCCAGUUCACAGUUUCAAAAAUUUCCUCAUUCCAUCUCAGAAGGAAAAAAAACCCCCACAACCCAAGCACUCGCUUCCACAGAACAAAUGAGUUCAGUCAUGACUGCUAAAAGACUGGAUAGAGCAGGGCUCCAGAUUUCCAGCAAGUCUUGCUGCACCUCAGUCGUCAUCUGUUCCCCCUCACAAAAUAAAGGUAAAGUCAUGGAGGCAGUACUGUGUAUUUUUUUUUCUGAACUAAAGAAAAGUUGUGGCCUUCCAGAAGGAAUUAUGACAGGAACGGUUGAUAAUGGUUCUACUUGGAAUAAAAUACUACAGUAGAUUCAAGCUAGCAUUCGUACAUUAGAAGCUUUCUGCUUCUUUAGGGGCAAGGGAAAAUUAAAAAUGAGAAACAAAGGCAGACAUAUCUUAAAAAAAAUAUUUGUGAACUGAAAGAGGUGGCAGAAAUAGCACAAUCUGCAUGCGUUCUGAGAUCUGCCAGGCUGACACAGCUGUUAGUGUGUAACAUGUCUGUUUUUACAUAGGUGAGGAUUGUUAUGGAUAGGUGAGGUCUCAAAAAUUUAAAAAAAUUAAAGCCAGCAAAGCAAAAAAACAAAACAAAAACAAAACAACAACAACAAAAAAAAAACAACCAACAAAAACAAGACCUUGAAGAACAGAUUUCCUGAAGUAAAGAAGACUUGGACGGUGUAAGGGUGGUGGUCCCCAUGGAUAUUGUCCUUGCAGAUGGAGCUAACAAAGGUCAGUGCUGUUGACUUGACUUCUGUCUCUUCCUGUUCUGCCUGUUGAUCCGUUCCUGGCUUUCAUGUUAUUUCUGGUUAUCCCCCAUUUGUCUCUUAUGCCCCCAGUUCAUUCUACUUUGCCACAGUUAUUCUCUGUUACCCCCAAGUUCACCCCUUUUCUGUCUAUCCUUGUCUAUGGCUGAACAGGUUGUGAUGUUGAAUAGUUCUCAAUGCAUAAGUUAGAGGACCUUCACCCAAACAGCUUCCUUCCAUGCAUUCUAAUAAUGACUAAAGCUGUCACCACCCUUUAUGAACUACAACAAUCCUUCCCUACUGAAAUAUACUCAGCAUUUUUUGGUUUUUGACUUGCAUGCUCUCCAUUACUAUGUUGUAUAACUCAGCCAAAUGAAACCCACAAGACAAAGAACCAAGUUCUGAAACAGUCGAUGUUUUAAACAGCUCUCCCUUUGAAUAAAGGUGUAACACACAAUGCAUGGUUUAAUUACUUUAUUUUUUAAAAAAUCCUGUCAGAAAUAUAGCUGUGUAUUAAUUACAAAAUAUAUUAAUCUAUUGAUAUUUUAAAAAGGAACAAGAGUACCUUAAAUUCUGUUCAAAUGGAAACCAAUACAAACCUUUAACACUGACCCCAGAAUAAUCUCUUGCAUCUAUCAUUAAGGUACUUGAUGAUGAGAGUCUCUCUCCAGACAAGAGCAGAAAGGCCACCCUGAUUUCUUUCAUUAGCGAGUUCAAGCCCUCGCUCGCAAACACAACCAGGCAUGCCAUGAGACCACUUAAUAUAGAUCACAUACCAACAUUUUCAGUAAUUUUUUCCCUGCCCUGCAGGGGAAGACAUUCAGAGACAAAAAGAGAACACAUUUGCAAUAUAUUAUAAUUGGAAAAUGUGCCAUAGCAGCUUUGCAAAUACAUAAACUAAGAGUCUGACUUGAAACACGUUCAAGAUGACAGAAAUUCAGAAGAUAAAUAAGCUAAGCCACUUACUAAAACACCUUGAGAUCUAAUAAUGCUGCAAAGCGUCUAGAGUGACACAAGUGGAGAACCUCAUUCCUGAAGAAAUUAUACAGGAAGCUGACUUAACACUCCUAUUUUUGUGUUUGUUUCAGGUACAACUCUCAAGGCUGCACACUAUUCCCCUUCCUUUAAGGAGUUCUCAACCCACCCUGGCAUAAUGAUUUUUCAAAACAGAUGAUCACAUUUGUAAGGCUGG